AAAAAAAAAAAAAAAAAAAGGUCAAAAAGCCUACAGCGUUUUUGCAUCGCAAAAAUGGGAAGUCCUCGGUGGUGGCGCUUAAGAAGCCCAUAUUCUGUUGCAUAGAGAGUUCAAAAACUCAAUCUUUGUCUCACAAAUACAUCUCUCCCUCCUUCUUUCUAAACGUUUGCCGAUCAUUUUCUUGGAAACUAGGUGGGAAUUAUUAGGAUGCUGUUUUCUCGGGGGUUUUCUCGGAUUCCAAGAAGCAGCUUCAAUGGGUUGCGCCGACUGUUCCUUUCAAGCCAACUGGAGUACUGUGCCUACCAUUUUAUUCACACUAACAAUCCCAAGUUUCUUCCCCACUCCACCCACAUGGUUCUAAGCGGCAGACAUGAUUUCUUUCCGGGAUUUCUUGCCUCCUUGCAUGGUUCCAGGCAUCAAAUUCAUCAGCAGAGCAGCUCUAUAGUUGAGGACCAACAUGACCCAUUCUCGCUUGUUGCUGACGAGUUAUCACUUGUUGCUGACAGGUUACGGUCCAUGGUAAUUGCCGAGGUUCCUAAGCUUGCCUCAGCUGCUGAAUACUUCUUCAAGAUGGGGGUGGAGGGAAAAAGGUUCCGUCCCACGGUUUUAUUGUUGAUGUCUACAGCUGUAAAUCUCUCUGUACCGGAGCCUCCUAAAGGGCUAGGAGAUUCUGUGACAACAGAGAUGCGAAAUAGGCAGCAGUCUAUAGCUGAAAUCACAGAGAUGAUCCAUGUUGCAAGCCUUCUACAUGAUGACGUUUUGGAUGAUGCAGACACUAGACGUGGUAUUGGUUCAUUAAACUUUGUGAUGGGAAAUAAGUUGGCAGUAUUAGCAGGAGAUUUUCUGCUUUCUCGAGCUUGUGUUGCACUUGCAUCAUUAAAAAACACAGAGGUUGUGUCACUAUUGGCAACUGUUGUGGAGCACCUUGUCACUGGUGAAACCAUGCAAAUGACAACAUCAUCUGGUCAACGGUGCAGCAUGGAAUACUAUAUGCAAAAGACAUACUACAAAACUGCAUCAUUGAUUUCAAACAGUUGCAAGGCAAUUGCCCUCCUUGCAGGGCAAACAGAAGAAGUUGCAACAUUGGCGUAUGAGUAUGGCAAAAAUCUGGGCUUGGCAUAUCAGUUAAUAGAUGAUGUUCUUGAUUUCACAGGCACAUCAGCUUCCCUUGGAAAGGGAUCCUUAUCUGAUAUCCGCCAUGGCAUUGUAACUGCUCCGAUAUUGUUUGCCAUAGAAGAGUUUCCUCAGUUGCGUGCAGUGGUUGAGCAGGGUUUUGACAACCCCACAAAUGUUGAUCUUGCCCUCGAGUACCUGGGAAGGAGCCAUGGAAUUCAGAAGACAAAGGAGCUAGCAAUGAAGCAUGCAAACCUUGCUGCAGAAGCAAUUGAUUCAUUACCUGAAAACGAUGAUGAAGAUGUGAAAAGGUCAAGAAGAGCACUUGUAGAUCUCACUCAGAGGGUCGUUAAAAGAACCAAAUGAUGGAAAAUACCGGGAAAGAAAAAGCAUAUAGCGAUGAAUUGUUUCAAAAUUUUCGUAUUGCUGCAUGGUUACUUCGUCAAUAUUCUUUAGAUUAUCCCGACUUUGGUUCUUCAUAAUUUUGACCAAAAUGUAAAUUAACACUGCAGAAUAGGAUCAGGCCUAGUGAUAGGUAAAUAUUUUGUUCUGCUGGAUGUAUUGUGUGUCAUAAUCCUUUUUAUUUGACAACGAGAGGGACUGCUUGGUAAGAAAAGCAAGGUAAUAGAAAGGGUCGCCUGAAACAGAAGACAUACCUGUUCCUGUUGAAGAGAUGAAUAAAAUUCAGGGAGCACGUUGGUUCUGUUGUGGGGGAAUUGACGGUGAUACUGCUUUCGAUGGUACUCAUCUAUUAAGCAGAUUACUACCAUACAAAAUGUCACAUUCAAUUGACUUUGAUGAUUCAAUUAUAGAAGUUCAAAAUUAAAACAAUGGUCAUAUGAAGUGCCAUAAAUAUGGUAAUUCUCUGUUUGCUCUCAAAUUAGCCAACAAAUUUAUUCUUCGUUUUACUUAUUUUUUAAAUUAUUAUUAUUAUUAUUUUUCUUCUUUUGAAAAUGUUUUAAUUAUUUUUUUCAUUGCAUUUUAAAUGUUAGUUGCCCAAUUGCACAUAUGGGAACUAUUUUAAUAGACGUUAAGAAUUCAUCCAUUAUUCAUGCGGUAAAGGCAAAAAUUCUAAAGAGGAAAGAGAAUAAAUAAAUGAAGUGGUUCAAGAAUUUUCUUUUCGGAUCAAAAUUGAUAUGAAAAUUUUUACUGAUCUAAAGAUACAAUUAUUAUAACUUAUAUGAACUUCAAAAUAUGAAAAUUGAAAGAAGAAAUAAAAAAAGAAUCCAAUUUUUCAGAAACAAACUAGCUUAUUUUAAUAGAGUAAAAUAUGGUAGAAUUAUAAGGGUAUUAUGGGGAAUAAAAACAAUGAAACAGAUAAGGCAAGCUUAGGAAGAAGGACAUGAGAGUGGGUAUAAAUAGGAAGAGCAAAAACGCAUCGGACUCAACUACUUGAUCUUAUCUGAGCAGAGCAAGAGAAGCCGCCUUAGGUUUCCUUCAAUCCCCGAAACCCUAGCUUCUUCUCUCUGCUUCCGAUGGCUGAGCCACCCACCCUCUUUCUUUUAGGGGUUGCCGAGGCGGCUCUGUAAGCCGUAUGGGACAGAGAGUUUGAGAUGGGGUUUUUUUUCUCCGUGGGUUUUUUGGGGCCCUAAUUGGCUGCACUCUGACCCUGCGAUGAAGACUGCCCGCAGUCAGAGCCCCCCAAAAUUCUGUGAAUGUAAUCAAAGUGGGGCUGUGAUGGCGUCGCGGGCUCCA